GUAUAUUUGAUGUUUUUGAUGGAUUUGAAUAGUCUUUUUGUUAACUAUAUGGUAAUAUUGGGUUUAAAUGCGCACGAAGAGGGCGCUGGUAGUGCGACAGCACGAAAAAAAGGUUAACAUUGAUGACGUUGUUGUUGCACCGGUUGUCGAUGGUUGUCAAGCAUUUGAGCGAUUUGGGCAGUGUUGGGGAAGCACUUGACGUUUGUAACGUCAUGAGCGAAUGUUUAAACUAUAUCAGGAAUAAAAUAAGCUGAUAAUGAUGAUUUCAAUAACAAGUGGUAUUUAUACCUUAGCCUCCAUCUACUAUGUAAUUAUUCCCAUUGGUUAUCUGACAAAGUGGUGGUUUGCUGAAAAGGAAAUGGCGGGAAAGGGUGUUAUGUUGGUGACUGGUGGUGCAGGAUAUGUAGGAUCUCACACGAUCAUCCAACUGCUGAAUAAUAACUAUAGUGUGGUGGCAAUUGAUAACUUGAUCAAUUGCUAUGCAGAGAAGAACAAGAAGCCAGAGUCUCUUAGGAGGGUCGAAGAGAUCACUAACAAAAAAGUUAUCUUCUAUAAUGUUGAUAUCAAAGAUAGAGCAGCACUCGAAAAAGUUUUCAAAGCACAUAAAUUUGACUGUGUUAUUCACUUUGCAGCACUGAAAGCCGUGGGUGAAUCAGUGCAAAUACCAUUGACAUAUUAUCAGAACAAUAUUGCUGGAUCUAGCACUCUGUUCGAGGUUAUGCGAGACAACAAUGUGAAAAACAUCGUUUUCUCGUCAUCAGCCACGGUCUACGGCAUUCCGCAGUUUCUUCCUCUCACCGAGGAACAUCCGACGGGUCAAGGGUGCACAAAUCCCUACGGCAAAACAAAAUAUUUCGUAGAAGAGAUCCUUAAGGACGUAUGCACAUCCGAUCCGGAAUGGAAAGUUAUUUUGCUGAGGUAUUUUAAUCCGGUCGGGGCUCAUGAAUCAGGCAUGAUCGGAGAAGAUCCAUCAGGAAUUCCGAAUAAUCUAAUGCCGUACAUAUCUCAGGUUGCAGUUGGUCGACGAGAAAAACUGUUGAUAUACGGCGACGAUUAUGAUACACCUGAUGGAACAGGUGUCCGCGAUUACAUUCACAUUACAGAUUUGGCCAUAGGUCACGUGAACGCUUUGAACAAAAUCAAUGAGUCCGGCUUCAAGGGUUGCAGGGCGUACAACCUGGGAACUGGAAAGGGAUACUCGGUCAUGGACAUGGUGCAGGCAUUUUCUAAAGUUUCAGGGAAGGAUAUAAAAUACGAAGUUGUGGGUAGGAGGGAGGGUGACGUUGCCUCGAGCUAUGCGGACGCCCAAUUGGCAAGGGAUGAACUGAAUUGGGUCGCCACCAAGGGCAUUCUUGAUAUGUGCCGCGACACCUGGAAAUGGCAGGUGAAAAAUCCCAAAGGGUUCCAAGGUACUUAAUGGACUCGGAACGCAAUAAUGAUGCACUCUAUUUUCGAUUAUAAUACUUUCUCUUCGUGUAUUUAUUGUUCCUAUUUUAAAUAGGUCGAUUUUGAAUUUCGAUAUAAUAAAUUUUAUUUAUUCCAAUCAUAAUUAUUUUAUCUGAAUACGUAUAGUGUAUGUGUGUAAGUUCGUUAGUUUCAAGAGGCCCAGUGUAUAAUUUGAUAUGUACAA